GGAACUUCGGCCGCACGCUUCAUGGAGCAACGUGGAAACACCUCGUCCGUUGGAGAGAAGGGGAGCAGACAGCAGCCUCAUCCUUGUCACACCCAUCCGCUUCGCCUCUGCUGCCGCAGUUGAGACCAACAGCAAAGCGACUGGAUUUUACGCACGGCGGUGGGACUGGUAUUUAAAAAGAAAAUCACACAUCUGCUUGGUGAAAAAGAAACAGCGUGUGUUGCUGUUAGAAUGAUGUGAGAAAACCGGAGAUCAGCUGCCUGUGAAAGAAUCUCAUUAUAAGGAUAUCUUUUAUACUGCUGAGCGUUAUAAGGCUGGCAGGGCUUGAGCAAGACAGAAAAUAUGGCUGAACCAAGGAGAGAAAGCACCAGCAGCCUGCAGAGGAAGAAACCUCCCUGGCUCCGACUGGACAUUCCCACGGCUCAGAUGUCGCUAGACGAGCCUCCUACUUUUGUUCAGCCGGUGAGACGGCAGGGGUUCCUUCGCAGUAUCAGCAUGCCAGUAGAGACUUCUCACCUUCAGUCUCCGCCACGCGACAUCUUUGACACCCGCCGGCCUGUAUUGCAACGCCAGUCAUCCAUUACUCAGACCAUAAAGAGCAGCAGGAGAGUUCACUUUGAGCGGAUUAACACUGUACCCGUUAAGGGGCAGCGGGCUGCACGGCGCAGCAUCAGGAAACACCACUCUCUCUCCAGAACUCUGCUCAGGGGAACAGCUGACUGGUUUGGAGUUAGUAAAGACGGCGACUCCACUCAGAAAUGGCAGAGGAAAAGUCUUCGGCACUGCAGCCUUCGCUAUGGAAAACUAAAACCACAGGUGAUCCGAGAAAUGGACCUGCCGAGCCAGGACAACAUCUCCCUGACCAGCACUGAGACCCCGCCUCCCCUCUAUGUGCCGGCCUCACAGCAUGGGAUGCAAAAGAUCGUUGACCCUUUGGCGCGUGGAAGAGCCUUCCGAAUGGUGGAGGAGGUUGACGGCUACAGCGUGCCUCCGACGCCGAUCACGCCUGGAGCUGCAUCUCUUUGCUCCUUCACCAGCUCCCGCUCAGGUCUCAACCGGCUACCUCGAAGGCGUAAGAGGGAAUCAGUUGCCAAAAUGAGCUUCAGGGCUGCAGCUGCACUGGUCAAGGGGCGCUCAUUUAGAGAAAGCACUCUGAAACAGGCGCAGAGGCGAAGCUUCACUCCCGCCAGCUUCAUGGAGGAAGACGUGGUCGACUUUCCUGAUGAGCUAGACACCUCCUUCUUCGCUAGGGAUAUUAUGAUGCACGAAGAGUUGUCCACAUAUGCGGACGAGGUGUUUGAGUCUCCAUCUGAGAUGGCUAUAAAAGAGGCAGAGGCAGACGGGAAGAAGGAUGAAACGGAGCUGACAGGCAGCGCCCUGGAUAAGACGGAGCUGGAGAGAAGUCACCUCAUGCUGCCUCUGGAAAGGGGCUGGCGUAAAGCCAAAGAAGGAACUCCAGGACCACCAAAGGUGCCCUUGCGUCAGGAGGUGGUGAGCGUCCAUGGACAGCGGCGCGGACAGCGCAUCGUCGUACCUGUCAAGAAGCUUUUUGCUCGCGAAAAGAGACCAUAUGGGCUGGGUAUGGUGGGAAAGCUGACAAACCGCACCUACCGCAAACGCAUUGAUAGUUACGUGAAGAGACAGAUCGAGGAUAUGGACGACCACAGACCUUUUUUCACCUACUGGAUCACCUUUGUUCAUUUACUCAUCACUAUAUUGGCUGUUUGCAUCUAUGGUAUUGCACCUGUGGGCUUCUCUCAGCAUGAAACUGUUGAUUCUGUUUUAAGAAACAAAGGUGUUUAUGAAAAUGUCAAGUUUGUACAGCAGGAGAACUUCUGGAUCGGGCCUGGUUCUGAAUCCCUGAUCCACUUAGGGGCCAAAUUCUCUCCAUGCAUGCGACAAGAUAAACAGGUGCACAAUCUUAUCAGGGAAAAGAGAGAUGUUGAACGCAACUCUGCGUGCUGCGUUCGGAACGAUCGCUCUGGAUGCGUCCAAACUUCAGAGGAGGAAUGCUCGAGCACUCUAGCUGUGUGGGUGAAGUGGCCGAAGCAUCCCAGCACUCCACAGUUUAUUAAUGGUAAAGACAGGCAGUAUGGCUCGGUGUGUCAUCAGGAUCCCAGGAUAUGUCUGGAGCCGGCCUCGGGGUCUCCACAUGAAUGGCCCGAUGAUAUAACAAAGUGGCCUAUUUGUACUAGGUACAACACAGGGAACCAUACCAACCUGCCUCACAUUGACUGCACCAUCACCGGCCGACCCUGCUGCAUCGGAACCAAAGGGAGGUGUGAAAUCACAUCCAGGGAGUAUUGUGACUUCAUGAAGGGCUACUUCCAUGAAGAGGCUACUCUUUGCUCUCAAGUGCAUUGCAUGGAUGAUGUCUGUGGACUGUUGCCUUUCCUCAACCCGGAGAUUCCAGAUCAGUUUUACAGGCUCUGGCUCUCGCUUUUCCUGCACGCAGGAAUCCUUCACUGUUUGGUAUCCGUGGCUUUCCAGAUGACCAUCCUGAGAGAUCUGGAGAAACUGGCUGGCUGGCUGCGGAUCUCAAUCAUUUACAUCCUCAGUGGGAUCACGGGGAACUUGGCCUCAGCCAUCUUCCUGCCCUAUAGAGCAGAGGUGGGUCCAGCUGGCUCUCAGUUUGGGAUCCUGGCCUGCCUUUUUGUGGAGCUCUUUCAGAGCUGGCAGAUCCUGGCCCAGCCUUGGAGGGCCUUCAUAAAGCUGCUGUGCGUGGUGCUCUUCCUCUUCGCCUUCGGGCUGCUUCCCUGGAUCGACAAUUUCGCCCAUAUUUGUGGCUUCAUCUCUGGCUUCUUCCUGUCCUUUGCCUUCCUGCCCUACAUCAGCUUCGGCCGCACAGACCUGUACCGCAAACGCUGCCAGAUCAUUGUCUUCCUGCUGGUGUUUGUCGGUCUGUUUUCUGGCCUCGUGGUGCUCUUCUACGUCUACCCAAUCAAGUGUGACUGGUGCGAACUACUCACCUGCAUCCCCUUCACGGACAAAUUCUGCGAGAAGUACGACCUCAAUGCCCACCUUCAUUGAAGCGUGAGCAACGAAGCAUGAAGGCAUCAGGUCAACUGUUGUGGACUGAAAGAGGAAACAUUUCCUUUUUGUCUGUGAACUGAACGAUUUUGUUCUUUUAUCCUGUCAUUAUGGAUACUUAUACUCCGUAUCAAAUGGAUUUCUUUUACGUUCCCAUUCAUAGUCAUUGUCAGUGCUUUUAUUGUCCAGUGAAAAAAAGCUAAGGCACUUCAAAAACCCAUCAAAGCACCUGGUUUCUCUUUUACACAGGUGGAAGUAAUCGGAGAAGCCAUGGCGCUGGUACAGGCUGAAGGAUCAUAUUCGACAUUCGCAUUAAUUAUUCAGGCAACUUCAGAACCAGAAGCAGGGACAAAACACAUAUAUAAAUACCUUUGGUGCCUUGUUGAUAAAUGUACCAACUACUGCCAUAUUUUUGUUACGUUAUGCUGAGCACUCGAAUGUUUCCUUUUGUUUAUUGCUUCUCAAGAAGUGAUUAUUGUUUUAAACAUGGUGACGUUUUAGCCGCCUAUUUACCCUCAUGUAACUGAAGAGUAAAAAAAAAAGAAAAGAAAAGAAAACAUGGAUUAAUAAAAAUGUGUGCUACUUUUUCUAAACGCCUGCUGGAUAUUGACUUGUAGUUUAUUAAAAUCAAACAGUGAAA